UAAAAAUAAUAAUUUAUUCUCACGCUUUGUUUUCACUUGUGAUUUUAGACAAUUUAGCAGAAUUUAUAGAUAAUAAAUAAUGAAUAAAAAAACUGUGUAGGUCAGUCUUCAUUCGUCCUCAUCAUCUUGAAUUUUUUGGAUUUGAUGAGUACAGAAACAACAAUAAUAAUGAGUGGAUAUCAAUAUGUGAAAAAUGCUUUAGGGGCUGAUUUUGGUUUAUAGUAGAGGAUAUGUUUUAAAAAUGAUAAAUCUUCUGAAUAUGGACGGCAUCAUGAAUGACGACAACGAUAAAGUAAUUCUUGCUAGCAGAUUCUGUAAAGAUUAUAUUCGUGGUAGCUGUGCUCGCGAGAAUUGUAAAUUUAUUCACGAAAAACCACCGAGAACCUUACUGAAAGAAUUGUUUCGUUUCUGCCACGACUAUCAAAACAAAGGUUGCUAUAGAACAAACUGCAAGUUCUUACACAGCACCGUAGAAGAUGAAGAAAAUUUUUAUCAUACAGGAAUUUUCCCCAGAGAUUCACGAAAUGUCGCGGUUUGUCAGGCUUAUAUACAUGGAUCUUGUUCUAAUAAAGAUUGUAAAUACAAACACCCGUCUGAUUUGAUCAGCAACGAAGCUUGUAAUGAAGCAGUAACAAUUCAUAAUAUAACUCAACCACAGUUUCGCAUUCCUCUCUCUACAACCCUUAGAGAUAAUGAUUCUCCUCCAGGAGCAAAAUUUAGACGAAUCACAUAUGAAGAUACUGGAAUUGAAAAUCAAGUUCUGACUCCUGCAAAUAUUUGCCCUAAUUGCGAAUGUCUAGAUCAUAAAGUGAAAUUAUUGCAUGAUAACAUAAGUGUUUUACUAAAAAAAAUUACAGAUCUAUCAGAAAAGAAUUUGCAACUGACUUCAAUGAAUGAAUUUCUUUUGGAACAAACUGCUUCUGUGAGAACCGAUCAGCCUUGUGUUAUUACAUCUCGACAUGGAACAUCAGCUCCAGUUUCAUUGGCUACUGUAAGUGUAACACCAGUUGUCAGUCUUGCUGGUGCAUUGCCUACUUUAGUUCCUGCAGCAGCAACACCGAAUCUAACUUUGGCCCCAGCAGCAUCAAGAGCACAAUUGUUGACUCCUGCACCACAAAUACUCACUGUAAGCACAACUCAACAACUUAUGGGCAAUUCUGGAGCCCUCAUUGUUACUAGUGCAGGAGCUCAGCAGUUGAUGCAAGUUAGUGAUUCAGGAACAUUGAUGGGAGGCGGACAAACAGUAGUAGCUGUACCAGCACAACUGACUAUAGCACAACCUGCUCAGCAGUUAAUGAGCAAUGCAUCUCAAACAGCAGUUCAACAACUCGUACAACAGUCUGCGUUACAGUCUCAACUAGCUCCACAACACCAAGCUCCACAAUAUGCAACCCAACAAUCUGUACAACAUUUGGCAGCACAGCAUUCUGCACAGCAUCUGGCGCAACAGUCUGCUCAACAUCUUGCUGCACAACAGUCAGUUCAACAUUUAGCUGCUCAACAAUCAGCUCAACAUUUGGUAGCACAACAAUCAGCUCAACAUUUGGCAGCCCAACAGAAUGCUCAACAUCUUGCAGCACAACAGAAUGCUCAACAUCUUGCAGCCCAACAGAAUGCUCAACAUCUUGCAGCACAACAGUCAGCACAGCAUUUAGCAGCUGCAGCACAACAAUCAGCCCAACAAUUGGCAGCAGCAGCACAACAAUCUGCGCAACAAAUGGUGGCACAACAGUCUGCUCAGCAACUUGCUGCUCAACAGUCUCAACAACUAGUACCAUCGGCUCAACAGCUUGUUCACCAAACAUCAACUCAACAAAUAACUAUAUCCAGCACUAGUCAGCCAAUGGCCAUGGCAAAUUCACAGCCUAUAAGAUUCCCAAUUAUAUCUCAAAGUAUUCUGCCACAUUAAUUUGUGAAAAUUAUAGUGUUAUAUAUGAAAUAUUGUGCCGAGUUAAGUAUUUAUAAACUAUCACAUUAUAGUUAUAAAUAAUCAAUGUUGAUUGUAAAAAAUCCUGACAAUGUUAGGUAAUUGUAUGAUUGCAUGUAACUAUUUGUGUUAUAUGUAGGAUACAAUUUUAGUAAAAUAAAGUGAUUAACAGCAUUUUGAUAUUUUAGUGAUAUUGAUGUAAUAAUAGUCACUGACAGUGCUGGUCAAUGUUAAUAGUAAAAUACAAAUGCAAAAUAUGAAGAUAAACAAAACAAGAAUGUUAAUUGCAAUGUCAAGUAGAGUGAACUAUUUCAUUCAUUUGACAUCUAAGUCUGCCUGUCAACCAUGUUUACAAAUUAAAUACCAUUGCUUAAUUUGAUGAUUUGGCUAACAGAUUCUGGCUUAACAUAAUAUUUAAGAACACGGUGUAGUAAACUGAUAUUAACUACACCUUUAUUUUUAAAUAAUUUAAGUACUAGUAUUGUAUAGUUAUUGUGUUGUGUUCUAUGGAUUUUUUGAAGUGCAUAAUAUUGCAUAUGCAAUAAAUAGCUGCAUAUUUA